AAGUGAACUGUGAAGCUUUAUUAAUUUAGCAGCCCGAAUGUCGAAGCUCCAACGAUGCCACAGAGAAAGAAGAAGUAUGUUCAAAUCUGCAAAGAGGAAAGUCAGACAAAGAAAAGAAAGCUGAUGGAUGAUGAUGAUCAUCAGAUUUGCAAAUAUGGAGUUGCAGUAUUAAGAGAAAUGCUUUGCUUUUAUUAUGCUCAUAUUUUUUUCGAGGAGACUACUUGUAAGUUAUGGGUAAUGAAGGAGCAUGGUAUUGAGGAAUCUUGGAUUCAAUUGUAUACUAUACAAGAGACAGGUAUGACUUUAAAAAGACCGCUACAUAUGUUUGACAAUGGUGAACUGCUACUCAGCUACGAACACCAUCCACUUAGGACACCCAAAGGACCAUUUGAAUUAGGCUGCAUAUGGUCCCGUGCCAUUCAACAAGCAAUUACUUAUUCAGAAAGCGUGAUCUUUCCAAAAUUACUUAUUUAGUGUGUGAUUACGUAUA